AUGACAGCGAUGUACCGAUCAACUUCUCUGGAAAACAAGGAAUUAAUGGCUCUGUAUGGAGACGAGAGAGAUGAUUACUUUGUCAGAGAUGAGGACUGCACCAGUGAGGAGUACGAUCAGGACUCAGAGUGCAGCGAGGACAGACAAGGUGGCAGAUGCGUUCGCAGGUCUCUGUCCCUGGAGAUCUACGGUCUGCAGAGGGAGCAGCACGUUUACUUCUCCAACCAGGAGUACUACAGGAGGCUGGAGGAGCUGAAGGCUGCUCACCUGAGGAACAUGGCCGAGCUGGAGAGGAUGUACAUCAGCCAGGGCAAAGAGAGGCACGGAGAGGAGGAUGACGCCAGUCUGGGGAGAAGACAGAGCAGAGAGGAAAGGCUGUCAAUCAGCAGCAGCGGCCCUGCCAGGAAACUCCAGAGGAUCAAUUCCCAGGAGGAACUGGACUUCCAUGACACAUCAAGCAGUUCCGACCAAUCAGAGCUCUGUGCGGACAGCAUGGGGGAACUGGAGCUGGACAAUCCAAGAAAGACUUCUGGCCAGGACCGAACCUUUGGGAGAGACUUCCUGCUGAGCCCUGAAGAAAUGACGACCCAGAAGCAGUUUCGAUUCCAGCCCAAGGUCUCCUGUCCCAAACCACGGGGAAGACUGCCCCGCCAAACUGGGGUCAGGUCAAACUCCAAGGUCACUGUGCCCAAACCGUUCCAAAUGAUGCUGAGAGAGGAGGAGAGGAAGAGACACAAGGUGCGGACUCGCUCAGAGAUCGAGCUGGAGAACAUGCUGCUGAGACGGGAGCUGGAGGAGCUCCAGGAAUGCCAGAAAAAGUUCAGGGCAUCACCGGCACCGGCGCACAUACAUCUGCCUCUCUAUGAAAUUAUCAGCCGUCGCACCGGUCAGCGAUCAAACCGAAGCAGAAGCUGCAGUAAUACCCGUGAGGCCAGGCGUAACCAAACCUCUGCUGCUGCUUCUGCUUCUGCUUCUGCUUCACCACAGCCUUUCCAUUUCCUGGAGAGAGAGAGGAGGAAGAAGGAGGCGAAGAUUGUGGCAGAGCUGGGGAAGCUGGGGCCGAAAGAGGAGCGACAGGCCUUCAAGGCCAGACCCAUGCCCUGCGCGGUGUACGGCCCCAGACACAGACCAAACGUCAAGACCACAAGCCACCAGUUUCUAACCAUGUGCACACUGGAGAGGGAGGCCACAGAUGGCCAGAGCGAUCCAAACUCAGACCUGGAGCCGGAUGCGCUCCACUCCAAGUCUAACACCUCUCCUGACUCCUGUCGGGCUCAGAGAUGUCUGUCGUCCAAGCCAGUGAAGAAGCAGAUAGAGCUGUCGAUUGAGAUGGUGAAGGAGAGGGAGUGGUCCUGCAAUGAUGCGCUUAAAGCCACCGCGUGCAACGUCUACUCACCUCUGCAGUCAGCUGACCCCGAGGAUCUGCUCUCUGACAAGAGUGACUGCAUCAGUGUGUGAGAGACACACUCAUAAAUCAAAGACAGACAAAAUAAUGGAGGAAACCAGCUACUGUACAUCUUAGCUAAUGUUUUGUAGAUUAGUUUAAUUCUACAACUGAAAAGUAAAGAUUUAGGUUUUGUAUGUGCUGUAGCAAUGUAUGUUAUUUACUUAUUAAACUUGGUUAUUUUUAAGCUCUUAAAGGUAAAUGGAUGGCAUUAAUAUUGAGCUUGCAUGCAAAGCACUUCACAGUUUCACUCCCAUUCACAAACUCACACACACUCGUGUAAAGAUAGCACUGAACAACCAUGUGUUAUCAUCAGGAGCAAUUUAUGGUUCAGUCUCUGGCCCAGGGAAACUGAUAUGUGGACCCAAAGACUGAACCACCACAGCCUCAUGUGACCUGUGGAGACUUGUGUCAAUGAAAUUACAUCCACUGUUUCUCACCAGAACAUAUUGUGUGUCUUUAAUUAAAGUGUUUAAUGCUUUUGCUUCAUCAUAUAACAUUUGUGAAAGUGAUUCUUGGAAGAAUCUGAAACCUAGAUUGUCUGCGUUUAUGCUUGGUUGCUA